AUGACAGACGGGGGGAGCGCAGCAGCAGCAGCAGCUGCUGCUGCUGCGCUGCAGCAGCAGCAGCAGCAGCAGCAAGGCAAGGAGACGCAGCCCCGCAGCAGCUUUGCGUGGCUGCGCCGCCUGUGGCUGCUGCCGAACAGGAAGCUGCAGCAGCGGGAAAUGCCUACGAGCGAGUUGCAGCUGCAGCUGCAGCAGCAGCAGCCGCAUGCAGCAGCAGCAGCAGCAGCAGACUCGAAGCAGCAAAAGGGCGGCAAAGACUCUGAAAGCGUCACUAUUUCAGUAGAAUGCCACCUCGGGGAAACCCCCAAAGGCAGCAGUCUGGCCGGGCCUCUCCAGCGCAAGACUCUGACGGAAGACGACAUCCACCGAGACUUUUCAACUCCAUCUGAACGCGAAAACCCGCUGCAGCGGCUGUGCAAAAGGUCCCGCAGCUGCUCCCCAGUGAAGUGUCUUCUUUCCUUUUUCCCUUUGCAAGAAGUCUUGAGGACUUACAAAUGGGAAUACCUUUUGCCAGACAUCUUCGCCGGCAUUUCCGAAGGGGUGAUGGCGAUUCCGCAGGGGAUGUCCUACGCGCUGCUGGCGCGGCUGCCUGCUGAGUUUGGACUUUACGCGAAUUUGAUUUAUCCUUUAAUUUAUUUGCUGUUUGGAACUUCUCGCCAUGCUGCAGUUGGGGUUUCUGCAAUAGAAGAUUUGCUGCUGGGCGAGGCGGUGACGCGGGUGAUUGGCGAGCGCGAGCGGCUGCAGGAGGUGGCGCGGCUGCGGCUGCUGGCAGCAGACGCUGCUGCUGCUGCUGCUGCUGCUGCGCCUGCAGCAGCAGCAGCAGCGGGGGGGGAGGCGCGCCCCGCGGCGGCGCUGCUGCAGGCGGCGGAGCUCAACGAGCUGCUGCUGCAGCAGAGCCGCGUGCAGGUGGCAGCAGGCCUUGCUGCUUGCCUGGGGCUGCUGUUCCUGCUGCUGCGGCUGCUGCAUGCAGGACUUUUGGCAGAUCUUUUGGCUUUUCCAGUUCUUUCUGGAUUUUCAACAGCAAGUGCUUUUCUCAUUGGCAGCAGCCAGCUGCAACACGCCCUCGGCAUUCGCUUUCCCCCCGAACUCGAAGACGCAGACUUCAAACUCCUCAGACAGUGGUGGUACUGCAUCAGCCACAUCGCCGAAGCCAAUUGGGUCUCUGUCGGCAUUUGCGUCUCCGCGAUUUUCGUUCUCGCCAUUUGCAAAUUCCUUAAUCGAAAGUACUUCCGACGGAUUCCGCUGCCGGGCCCGCUUUUGGUGGUAAUCAUUUUUACUUUUUUGUCUUUUGUUUUGGACUUGACGAACUCCGCGGGAGUCCGAGUCGUGGGGAAUAUUCCCAAGGGGUUUCCGAAGCCCGCGGCGCCCACGUUCUCCAUUUCCUACGCCACCAUCACGGACGGGGGGGAAACUGUAGUGCAGCAGCGAAAUGUCUGCGUGGCGAUGCUGCGGGAAGCUUUGGCUUUGACGGCGAUGUUUUUUGUAAUUCAUAUUUCAAUUGCAAAGACUAUUGCGCAGCAAAAAAGGACGUACAGCAUCCGCCCCGACCAGGAGCUGGUGGCUCUGAGCAUGUGCAACUUGGUGGGCUGCUGCUUCCAGUGCUUCCCGAACGCAACUUCGCUCUCCCGCAGCUGCGUGGUAGCAGCAGCAGGAGGGUUUACGCAGCUGCACCAAAUUUCGAACUCUUUGGUUUUGGUUUUCACGCUUUCCUUCAUGACCCAUUUGCUGCACCAACUCCCCACUGCUGUUCUUGCUGCUGUCGUUCUCUUCGGCGUCUACGGAAUGCUGGACUUCAGAGAGUUCCUCACGCUCGCCAAAAUCGUAACAGCUUCUCAAAUACCUGCUGCUGCAGCAGCAAAACGCCUGCAGCAGCAGCAGCAGCAAAUGCGUCGCUGCUGCAGCAAAUGCUUUGCUGCAGGUGGGCUGGACGUGCUGCUGUGGGUGGUUUGCUUCUGCAUAACAAUUAUAUUUGGGGCCAUGGAGGGCAUUUUGGCUUCCAUUCUUUUAUCUCUUUUGUGGCUUUUGCAAAAAACUGCAAGACCGAACUUUUCCGUUUUGGGCCGGCUCCCCAACACCUUCAUCUACAGAAACGUCAAACGCUUCCCCAUGGCCGUCGAGGAGGAAGCGGAGUGUGGCGCGUCAGGGAUCCGGAUCGUGCGCUUCGACGCCUCGCUGAACUUCAGCAACAGUGACUUCUUCGAGGCCCGCGUGCUGCAGAGUCUGCUGCCUUCGACGCGCUGCGUCGUCGUCGACGGCUCCUCCAUCAACGACUUGGACGUCACGGCCAUUCGCAUGCUGGAGCGGCUGCUGCGGGCGCUGGCGAGCCGGCAAGUGCUGCUGCUCUUCGCCAACUGGAAGGGCCCCAUGCGGGACUUCCUGCAGAAAGCUGCUUUCUACCAAGUGCUGCCUCCCGAGCGCUGCUUCCUCUCCAUCCCGGACGCCGUCUUCUGGGCCACGCGCCGCCUCCGCAGCGCCAACGAGCCUUCCAAGAACCGCACGGGGACCUCGGAGGGCCCCGGGGGGGCCCCCUGGGGCAGCUCGCCUUCGCAGCUGUCGAGUUUGGCGGAAAAAACAAAAGUGAAAAAUUUGAGUCCAAAAGAAUUCAAGUUGGCGAGUCCCCAGGCCCUCCAGCUGGACGUACACCCCAGCACUCCCGAGAAAAUCAAAAACGGACUCCGACGCUCCUUCUUGCCCUUCUUCGGAGCCACGGGCACCUGCCUGAAGGGUGGCCAGAAGUCUCAGAGCGAAAUGGUUUUCGACAUUUCCGAAAGACGCAAAAGUGGACAGUCCCACUUCAGGCGGCGCUCCACGCGCUCCCAGAGCCUCACCAGCCUGCAAGACCUUGACACAGGUGCAGCGGGCCAUGGGCAGUCGGUCCUGUGGGACGGCCUCAGCGCGCGGACGAUGGAUGGUCUGCGAGUGGUCACGGAGAUAACGGGCAGUGGUCAGGCGGUGCGGUGGAUGGUCUGUGCGACUGCGGACGAAGAAGCUGCUGCUGCUGCUGCUGCUGCUGCUGCUGCUGCUGCUGCUGCUGCUGCUGCGGGCGCGGGUGCGGGGGAGGCUUCGGGCGGCGCUGCUGCUGCAGCGGGCGAUGGAGAUCAGGAAGCAGUUCCGGGAGAAGAAGAAGCUGCUGCCAGCAACGAGGGCCUGCAGACGGUGGCGACGCAGCAGCAGAGCCAGUCCUUCCACAGCGGCUGCAGCUGCAGCAGCAGCAGCAACUGCAGCAGCGACUUAGUGAAUUAG